ACUACAGACGUCUACAGAAUAUUGGGACGCUAGACUACUUACUGAUGCAAGAGUCAUGGAUACCUGCCAGCCUCAAAGUUUAUUUGAUUUCAUUCUGCAAAGUGAUUCUUAUGAUUUUUUUAUGCUCAACUGAAACACAUCACAAGUAACCUCGUCUGCUCUGAUUUGCUGAUCACGAUCUAUACCGCCCUCUUACACUUUAAGCUUCAUUUACUCAGUGACUCCCACAGUCCCCAAUGCACAUCUACGCAUCUUCAACGUAAAUAGUUUGUGUCUCAGUCAUCACCAUUCUCAGUAACAGGACCAACACAGCCGCUCUCACUUCUGACACUUCACUUAUAACAAUCUGUAACACGUCUGCAACUUCACACUCCCACACUGCCAACAUACAGUGUGUGGGGUUUUCACCAGAAGGCUCAAGAUCUUAACUGGGCACAGGACAAACUUAUCACUGCAGAGUGGUUUGAGGUGAAUUUAAGGGGGAAAGAUGGCCAAGAAUGGCACCUGCACGCAGUUUGUGCCAAACGGACACCCACAGAAGAAAGACUUGGAGGGACGGGGGUACUGGGGGCACAAAGCCGAGUACAUCCUGACUGUGAUGGGCGCAAUUAUCGGACCUGGCAACGUUUGGAGGUUUCCUUAUCUGUGUUACAGAAACGGCGGAGGUGUGUUCUUCAUACCAUACAUCUUGUUCAUGCUUACAUGCGGAAUACCCCUAUUCUUCCUGGAGACUGCCUUAGGACAGUACACCAACCAGGGGGGGAUCACGUGCUGGAGAAAGAUUUGCCCGCUUUUCCAAGGCAUGGGCUAUGCCAGCCACUUAAUCAUCUCAUUCAGUGCCACCUCCUAUAUUGUCAUCAUGGCAUGGGCGUUCUUUUACCUCUUCUCGUCCUUCAGCGCGGACUUGCCUUGGGCCACAUGUGGAAAUGAGUGGAACACAGAUGCAUGUGUGGACUUCAGCCAUCCAAAUCUGAGCCACAGCAUGACAUUCAGAGAGAAUACCACUCUUCCUGUUGUGGAGUUCUGGCAGCACCGUGUAUUGAAAAUCUCAGGUGGUAUUGAGGAGGUGGGCAGCUUGAGAUGGGAACUGGUCUUGUGUCUCAUCCUGACCUGGGUCAUCUGCUACUUUUGCGUCUGGAAGGGCAUCAAGUCGACAGGAAAGGCAGCUUUCUUCACAGCCACCUUCCCCUACAUUAUGCUGCUGAUUUUGCUUAUACGUGGUGUUACCCUACCAGGGGCAUUGGACGGGAUCAUUUACUACCUCUACCCUGAUAUCUCCCGCCUUUAUGAUCCCCAGGUGUGGAUGGAUGCUGGCACUCAGAUCUUCUUCUCCUAUGCCAUCGGCCUUGGGUUCCUAACGUCUCUUGGGAGUUACAACACUUACAACAAUGACUGUUACAGGGACUGUUUUUUCUUGUGUCUGCUAAACAGUGCAACCAGCAUUGUGUCAGGCUUCGCCAUUUUCUCUGUUUUGGGUUUCAUGACCAAAGAACAAGGAGUGGAUAUUUCUGAAGUAGCCGAAUCAGGUCCAGGGUUGGCAUUCAUUGUCUACCCACGUGCUGUAGCCAUGAUGCCCAUGCCACAGGUCUGGUCGGUGUGCUUCUUCCUUAUGAUUAUUCUGCUCGGAUUGGACAGCCAGUUUGUUGGUCUGGAGUGUCUGAUGACAUCACUGACUGAUCUGUUCCCGUCUUACCUGCGCCAAGGCGUUAGACGUGAGCUGGUUCUGCUGGGUAUCUGCAGUACCUGCUGUUUGCUCGGACUCUCCCUGGUCACUGAGGGAGGGAUGUACCUGCUCCAGCUGUUGGACCACCACGUCUGUAGCGGCACCACCCUGAUCCUCCUCUCUCUCUGCCAGUCUGUCAGCAUUGCCUGGGUGUACGGUGCUGACCGUUUCUAUGGCAACAUCACGGACAUGAUCGGUUAUCGCCCGUAUCCAGUGAUGAAAUACUGCUGGAGCUACAUCACUCCCCUCUUCUGUUUUGGCACAUUCAUCUUCUCCAUUGUCAAAUACUCCCCGCUGAAGUUCAGCAACACUUAUGUUUAUCCACUCUGGGCCAACAUCUUGGGCUGGUUUAUUGCCACUGUCUCGCUCUCUCUCAUCCCGUUGUUUGUGGUAUAUAGAAUGAUGCAUGGAAAAGGAACUCUUCGGCAGCGAUUCUUGUUGCUCUGCCAACCUGUGGAGGACCUCCCCUUGGAUCAAAAAUAUCAUACACCUGCAACCAAUGGCACUGCUGCCCACACAGAGCUCAAACCUUUUGCCGAAAAUGGGGAGCUCGCUCAGUGAACACAAACACGAGUUCUUCAACAGCAAUAAUAUAUUGUAAAAUCAUUCCAGAACAUGUCUCAGGGGGUGCGUUCUUGCAUUUGUUUCUGCAGUGAAGCAAUCUCAGACCCCGACGGACUGCUCUAGCUUUUUCAAAAGAAAUUUGACAAAUACCUUUAAUAUUUAAGUUUAAGAGUGGGAAGAAAGUAAAGGACUUUGAUUAUUAUCUUUUGUUUUAAUCCAAACUUUAACAUUAAGCCGUCUGAUAGAUUCGGGCCCUUGCCUCAACACCAACUCAACACCACUACAGUUAUUAGCUUAACUAAUUUUUAAAAAAUGUAACCUUGCAGGAAUAAUCAGACUGUCUCAUUUGUUAAGGAUGAAUUUAAAUUGUUUCUAAAGAAUAUGGACUUCACAGGAUCACAGCUGUAAAUGGAUUCUGUGAUUCAGUACACAUGCAAACAUGCCAACAUCUCAAAAAAUAUUGACCAAGAAAGCAUUAUACUGUUUAACUGUGCAUGAAACAUGAGCCCAUUUUGUAUGUUAGAACAUAAAUCUUUAUAUAACCUCUUAUACCUCUUCAAACUAUAAGUGCCUUAAGUCUUUUUUUCUGUUCUUGCUCUCUGUGAAGUGUCUUUGAGUAUCCUGAAAAGCGCUGUAUAAAUCCAGUGUAUUAUUAUUAAUAUUAAGACAACUUAUUUAGGUUUAUCAGCUUGAUAUAAAGGUAGGUGUGGGUUUCUACAGCUACAGAAUAGAAUAUUUAACGUGGUUCUACCCAGGUAUAGCCAUUUAUACUGGACUGUCAGUCAAGAGUACAUAUUUUCACUAUCAUUUACAUAGAAACAAGGGGCCAGAUGUAUGAUGAUGUGUUAUUGUCUUUGCAGGCUCCACAGUAUUCUGUCAAUCACAGACAUAUUUGAGAAAUUAAUUUUAAAUGAUUUAUGAGUGGUAAAAUUCCAUCACUCUCUGAAUUUAAAUUUGAGCCAUCAUUAACCUGCCGAUGAUUAAUUUAAUCCUGAACUGUGAAGCACUUUGUCAGGUUAGUUUCAACAUGAACACUAUUAAUCGCUGGUCAUCCCUCUAACAUUUAAUAAUUGAUAAAACAGAAUCAGGCAUUAUGUGCGGCUUUAUAAACCUGACAAAAAGAUGUGCAUAUUUCUUCCUGUGGGCACAGUCGUCAGUCUGUUCAGAUUUUUAUGCAUCUGGCCCUCGGUACUUUGUUAUGUGUUUUCAUGUGUUAUUAUGUUAUGUAUUUUGUCUACUUGCUAUAUUGAACUAUGGAUAAACAAAUAAAAAUGGAUGAAAGAUGGUGAAAA